CACGUACAGGCGCUUGACUCGCUGUGCGUGAAUUAAAUGGCAGUGAUCCUCACACGCGCGCUCAAAGUGGUCCUGGACGCCGCGCGACCACCUCCUGCUUCUUCGCGUGGACACAAUGAUGCCGGAGCCGCGACUGUGGACCUUGAGGCCAGAGGAGCAUCAGGAGGACAAUCGGGAGGAGCAUCAGGAGGAGCAGAUGCUCCAAGAGAACGUCCUCAGGCAGGAGGCCAAGCUGCAGCGUGUGCGGGCCCUCAGGGGCCGAGUGGAGAACAAACACCUCGGCAACAGCGAGCUGGCGGGCGAGGUGGAGCAGAUGAGUGAUGUUCUGCAGCAGAAGCAGAAGGAGGUGCUGCUGGCCGUCGCGCGGGUGGAGGAGCUCAGCCUCCAGUUGGAGGCGCUGAGGAGCAGCUCAUUGCUGUCUCCUCCUCCUCCCCGCCUCCACGCCACCUCCGCUUCCUCCUCCGUGGAGCUGAUGCGCCUCUGCAGGGAGCUGCAGCUGAGGAAGCAGCUGAACCAGGACCAGAGCAGCCGACUGCAGCAUCAGAGGUCGGGCCUGAACAAGAAGAACGUGGAUGUGGCGGCCAUGGAGCGACGCCUCUCUGAGCUCCGCCUCCGUCUUUGGAAGAAGAAGGCGGCGCUGCAGCCCCAGGAGACAAAGGUGUGGGCCCCUGGGGGUCCUGCCCACUUGUGUCGGCCCCCCCUGCAGGUCACCUCGGACGUUGCUGUGGCGGCGGUGGGUCCGUACAUCCAGUCCUCCUGUCAGGGGCCCCCACUGCCCCCCCGCCAGGAGGGCGCCACCACCCUGCCGACGCCAAUCCCGCUCCGCCGGCCGCAGGAAGCAGCCUCAGCUGUGGAGACUAGCCCCGCCCACGCCUCCACACUGCCCCGCGUGGCCGGCCUGCGCCGCCACUCAUCAGGCGUUGCGUUCAAGGACGCUGGAAGCUCAGGCGACGCUACAGAUGCUCCGCCCCCUGUCCCCUCAAGGACCAAUCACAUGGCUGAAGACCAGGCGUGGUCUCAAGCUCAGACGGCAACUAUAGCUCCGCCUCCAUCCACCGCCUUCUCCACCGGAACCUUCCCUGGAAGGAUGCGGCCAGCAAGGGGCGCCCUACAUCUGGCCAGCAAGCGGGAGAGCCCCCCCGCCGCCGACACCUCAGGGCCCCUCCCCCCUGUGCUGCAGAAGCCUUUGACGGUGGCGGCGGCGUCCAUAAUCCUCGUGUACACGCAGCAAAGCCUCCUGGGAAAGAGCUGCACGCUGCCACGCUGCCAAGCAGGUGACUCGCCGCCGCCGCUAAAGGUCAACUUGUCACCUCCUCCCCCAGUGUACGGGAGGCCCCUCCCCUCGUGCGCCUCAAAAAGGGGCGGGACUGAAAGUUGUAGAGCGGAUCCUGCAGAGCCAGCCCCCACUCGGCCGCUCAGUCCCACAAAGCUCCUCCCCUUCCUGUCUUACCCCACCGACCCGGAAGUCCUGCGGCGCCGGCACCACGCCCCCCGGCCCCUGAAGAAGCGUGGUUCCGUCACGGAGCCCGAAGGCCCGGCGGGCCCCAACAUCCAGAAGCUCCUCUACCAGAAGACCACCAUGGCCGCCAUGGAGACCAUCGCCAUGGAGACCCCAGAGGAUGAGGUGACUCCACCCCCACGUCCCCAAAGUUCACCCAUCACAAGCUCCGCGUCUUCCCGUCCCCCGGCCACUGCUCUUGGGGGGGCCAAAGAGGAAGUGCUGCAUCCAAUCACGUCGCCUCAUCCGGACCCCUCGUCCCGCCUCUCGCAAGGAGACCACACCCCCAACCUGCGACCCCCUGAGGUCACGGCAAAGAAGUCCAUCCUGCGCAAAGCUGACUCGGGUCCUGUAGAUCGGGCGCUGCGGGUCAAGUUCAACGCCCUCGCCAUCCUGCUGGACUCGUCGCUGGAGGGCGAGUACGACCUCGUCCGCAGGGUCAUCUACGAUGUGGACGACCCCAGCGCGGCCAACGACGAGGGCAUCACGGCGCUACACAACGCCGUGUGCGCCGGACACACGGACAUCGUCAAGCUCCUGGUGUGGUUUGGCGUGGACGUCAACGCCGCAGACAGUGACGGCUGGACGCCGCUGCACUGCGCCGCCUCCUGCAACAACGUGCGGGCGUGUAAGUUCCUGGUGGAGUCGGGCGCCGCUGUCUUCGCCGCCACCUACAGCGACAUGCAGACGGCCGCCGACAAGUGCGAAGACACGGAGGACGGCUACGCCCAGUGCUCGCAGUUCCUCUACGGCGUACAGGAGAAGAUGGGGGUGAUGAAUAGGGGCGUGGUCUACGCCCUGUGGGACUACGAGCCUGAGAGUGGCGAUGAGCUCCGCCUCCAGGAAGGCGAGUGCGUGACGGUGCUGAGGCGGGAAGACGAGGCGGAGGACGAGUGGUGGUGGGCGAGAUGCGGCGACCGCGAAGGUUACGUCGCCCGGAACCUGCUGGGGGUCUGCGCGAGGGUCCGCCCCCGACAAGACGCUUGACUGAAUGAUUGACAGCUGCCAGAGAUCAGGUCACAAGAUUAAAGAUUCAUCUUCAGCAUGA